AGCCUUUCCUCCUCCCCGCCCCCCAUUCCAUUCCCCACUCAGUCACCAGCGCACCGAUCCACAAGCCACAGCCGACCCGCCUCCACCCACCAGGCCACCACCCCUCCCGCGAGCUUGAGCGCGGUAAGCUUUAGAUCUGAGCGAGUUCUCACGCGCCGCAGGUAAAGAUCUUUCGACCCGACCCUCCUCCUAAUCUCGUCUCCUUCUCUUGUUUUUUUCUUCUUUGUUUCUUCAUCUUCCUAGAGCAGAGAGCGAGAGAACCAGGGCGUUUUAGAUCCUGGGCUUCAGAUCUGCUCACUUUUCUUCGGUUUCUAGUAUAGGGUUGCUAGGUUGGUAGCCAAGAGGGGUUCUUUUUCCACACCUCCCUUGUGCUCGCUGUUCUUGUGCAGAUCUACCAGAGCCAUCUGGUUUUCCUGUGGCUGUUGGUCUCUGCCAGUUUCUUGCCAGAGAAAAAAAUUCCAAAAAAAGAGUUUGUUUAGGUCCUUGAGUAGAUUCCAUGGCUGCAGCAAUAGAUCUGUCAGGGGAGGAGCUGAUGAGAGCACUCGAGCCUUUUAUCCGGGAUGCCUCUGCUCCUUCUAGUCCUUUCCAACGCCAACUCAGUCCCACCUCUCCUUUCUCCUUCCCACACGCGGCCGCCGCGGCGUACCGCGGGAACCCGUACGCCGGGGUCCCGGGCCGGGUAGAGGCGGUGGGCCAACUGAGCCCGGUUCAGAUGCAGUACAUCCAGGCCCGCCUCCACCUGCAGCGCCAUGCUCAGUCUGCCCUGGGCCCGCGGGCCCACCCCAUGAAGGCGGCGGCGGCGCCCACUCCGCCGCGGCCGCAGAAGCUCUACCGCGGCGUGCGGCAGCGGCACUGGGGCAAGUGGGUGGCGGAGAUCCGCCUCCCGCGCAACCGCACCCGCCUCUGGCUCGGCACCUUCGACACCGCCGAGGAGGCGGCGCUCGCCUACGACCAGGCCGCCUACCGCCUCCGCGGCGAUGCGGCGCGCCUCAACUUCCCCGACAACGCGGCCUCCCGCGGCCCCCUCCACGCUUCCGUCGACGCCAAGCUCCAGGUGCUCUGCCAGAACAUCGCCACAUCCAAGAAAGCGCUCAAGUCCGCCUCCGCCUCCGCCGCGGCGUCGUCCUCGGCCCCCACCAGCAACUGCUCCUCGCCGUCUGACGACGCGUCAUCGUCCUGCCUGGAGUCCGCUGCCGAGUCCUCGCCGACCCCGUCGCCCUUCGCCGAGACGACGACGGUGCCGGAGAUGCAGCAGCUGGACUUCAGCGAGGCGCCGUGGGACGAGGCCUUCGGCUUUGCGCUCACCAAGUACCCGUCCUACGAGAUCGACUGGGACUCCCUCCUCGCCGCCAAUUAAGUUACCUGUUUUGGUUACUACAACUACCACCGCAGGCUUAACGGCCGUCGCGCAGAUGGGAUUUUAGACAUCCUGCGCGGGCACUAGUGGAUUGUUAGCUCUAAUCCUGUUCGUUUUGUGUACAUCUUCGAUUCGUUCUCUUGUUAUCGUCAAUCAGUAGUAGAUCUUUGUUAGGGUUUGGUUCCUGGAGAACCGAUGGGAAGCCGGCGUUUUUGUGCCCGGCGUCUCCGGUGGUCGGCUAGUCACUGGUCAGUGACUCCGGUCGGUCAGUGUCCAUUGUUCUAGCCUUGUUUCUAGGUGUUGCUCCUGCUGCUCUACGAGGUUGUAAGCAUCAGCGGUGUGGUGUCAUGUGAUACCUUGUUGUAAAAUUCAGCUAGCUUUGUCAUGAACUUGUAAUCUGAACUGCUAUUGCUAGUGUUAUCCUGUUAUAAUUC